AUGGCGUCUCGGUAUGACCGGGCGAUCACCGUCUUCUCCCCAGACGGACACCUUUUCCAAGUGGAAUAUGCCCAGGAAGCAGUGAAGAAGGGAUCCACUGCGGUUGGAAUUAGAGGCACCAAUAUAGUUGUGCUUGGAGUAGAAAAAAAAUCUGUUGCUAAACUUCAAGAUGAAAGAACUGUGAGGAAAAUUUGUGCUCUUGAUGAUCACGUCUGCAUGGCUUUUGCAGGAUUGACUGCUGAUGCUAGAGUAGUAAUAAACAGAGCCCGGGUGGAGUGCCAGAGCCAUAAGCUUACAGUUGAAGACCCAGUCACUGUAGAAUAUAUAACUCGCUUCAUAGCAACUUUAAAGCAGAAAUAUACCCAGAGCAAUGGACGAAGACCUUUCGGAAUCUCUGCCUUAAUUGUAGGUUUUGAUGAUGAUGGUAUCCCAAGAUUAUAUCAGACAGAUCCCUCUGGUACUUACCAUGCAUGGAAAGCAAAUGCAAUAGGCCGAAGUGCUAAAACUGUCCGAGAAUUUCUAGAAAAGAAUUACACAGAAGAUGCAAUAGCAAAUGACAACGAAGCUAUUAAAUUAGCAAUAAGAGCUUUGCUAGAAGUUGUCCAGUCUGGUGGAAAAAACAUUGAACUGGCUAUAAUAAGAAGAAAUCAACCUUUGAAGAUGUUUAGUGCUAAAGAAAUUGAGUUACAAGUAACUGAAAUAGAAAAGGAAAAGGAAGAAGCAGAGAAGAAAAAAUCAAAGAAGAAUGCCUAAUUCUUAGAAUGAGCACUGGGAAUUUUAAUGUUUUGCUGUACUACUUGGAAUUACUUAAUGAAGAGUUAAAAGAAAUAAGUUAGUUUGCAGUAUUACCUUUAGUACUCAUAUGUGCUACUUUGAGAAUGCCAAAUUUGUGGCUGUCUUCCGUCUUACAUAGAUUGGUGUGAAGGUUUUCUUUAGAUAAGCAGAUUU